AACCAGCCGGGUGAGGACGGAGCGUCUGAGUUAUUCAUCAACACUGUAACUGGAUCCUCUCAUCAAAGUUCAAUGAGCUGCUGCUGCAGGAGGCAGGUGAGCCUUCAUCCUCCUCCUCCUCCUCCUCCUCCUCCGCCCCCGGCGCCGCCACCAACAGGACAGGUGAUAUUUGCAUUGGACAGCUCCAUGGUGACGUGCUGUGUACACACACACACUCUCACACGCACACACGCCCAUCCUACAGGGUAGAGCAGGGACAGUGAGCGGAGUUUGUUCGGUGAAGAUCCUGCUGCUGGAGGACGAGGCUCCAGAGGGCCGCUGUCCGUGAGGCGCCGGGCUGUGGUUCUCCCCGUUGUGAGCAGAGCGCCGCUCGGUUCCCCGGCGGGACGAUGAACUGGGGCUUCCUGGAGAACGUCCUGAGCGGGGUCAACCGCUACUCCACGGCGGUGGGGCGCGUGUGGCUGUCGGUGGUCUUCCUCUUCAGGAUCCUGGUGUACGUGGCGGCGGCCGAGCAGGUGUGGAAGGACGAGCAGAGGGACUUCGUGUGCAACACGCAGCAGCCCGGCUGCGAGAACGCCUGCUUCGACCACUUCUUCCCCAUCUCGCAGAUCCGCCUGUGGGCGCUGCAGCUCAUCAUGGUGUCCACGCCCUCGCUGCUGGUGGCGCUGCACGUGGCGUACCGGGAGCACCGCGAGGCCAAGCACGGCCGCAGGCUGUACCGCGACAAGGGCAGCAUCGACGGCGGCCUGUUCUGCACCUACGUGGUCAGCCUGCUCUUCAAGACGGCCUUCGAGGUGGGCUCGCUGCUGGCCUUCCACUUCCUGUACCACGGCUUCGGCGUUCCCAUCAUGCUGCGCUGCAGCCAGGAGCCCUGCCCCAACACGGUGGACUGCUUCAUCUCCAAGGCCACCGAGAAGAGGGUGUUCCUCUACAUCAUGGGCGUCACCUCCGUCCUGUGCACCGCCCUCAACCUGGCCGAGCUGCUCUACAUCGUGUGGAAGCAGCUGUGGAAGUGCCUGAUGAGGAGGUACGUCCCGGUGGAGGGCGGCGCUCCGGGCCGCGCCCGCCGCUCCGUUUCCUCCGUCAGCAGCCCGGCGCCGGCUGAUGCCACCGCAAACACCGUCAACGCCGCCGACGUGGAGCGCUGCGGCCCGCAGGCUGCACCUGCUGACGGGAACCAGCCCGUCCAGUCCUGACGGCCCGGAGACACCUGGAGCCGCUCUGCCUUAAUGCCAUUUUGAACAGUUAUUAAAUUUUUGUUCGACUCAGAAAAGUGGUCAACCAGACCAGAAAAACAAUAAAAUUACAGAAUAAAUGUAUUUUAAAAUGAACUUACAGGAUUCGGCUCUCAUAACAUUAAAAGCGAAACUCACUAACAGUUUAACUCAAACCAGGAACUUUAACCUUUAAAAAAAAAAAAAAAAAAAAAAAAAAUCGUAUUUCCC